AUGGAAGCACAGUUUGCACAUUCAUCUGCAAAGCUUACUGAGAAAGUGAAACUGCAGUGCAUAUAUAUAUAAUAAAAAAAAAAAAAACCUGUGAUAAUCCAGACAUCCUGGAUGAAACUUAAUGUAACUCAUUAGGAAAAUACAGCUGUCUUGCAUCCAGUUUAUGGCAUACAUACCAAAGACAAAUACCAUGGAAGAAUUUAUUUUGAAAAUAAGUUAAUCUCAAAUGCUGCAAGAAACAAGGCGGUCACCUUCCUGUGGGAUGAUCCCCUUCAGUCCAACACCUCUAUCAGGCAAUCACCUUACACAUUUGAGUACCCUGUAAACAACACAAAAAGUGGAUUUGCUGCCAGAGAUGCUUUUGAAGUGUCUGAAAAACAAAAUAAUCCCAUGUUUACCAAGCCAGGAGGAAAUGUUGCUUUUACUUACCCUUAUAAAAUUGGAGAUUCAGUGCAGCAAAUGUUGUGGGAAAGGAUUAAAGCAGAUUGGGCUGAUAUUGUCAUUCUCUCAGGAAUGCAAAGCUUUGGUUCAGAUUUCAAAGAAUCAACUUGGGAUCACAAAUGGUUUAUUACUACCAUAGCUGAAGGGAUUUCUGCUGCUGUUUCAGUGUUAGAUUUCCUACUAAUCUUUUGCAUCACCAUUGCUUAUCACAAAAAACUGAAAAGGAGGAUCACAGAGGCUUUAUCAAAAGCUUUGUACUCUACUCAGAUCUGGCCUCCUUCUAACAGUUAUGGAAGAGCCCAUUUUCAUGGCAUACACAGCAGAGAAAGAAGAGAAGAAUCAUCACUCUGGCAGACAGAGGAGAUUUAUGUCAAUUGCGAAAAGUCUCACACAAACACAAGAAAAGACUAUUAG